AUUUGCUGUGUGAUAGGUUUGCAGUAUUUUUCUCAGACAUUUGAUAGAAGUUUUCUGAAACAGAUGGACUUAUGUGUGUGACUGAGCUUAAACGAUGAAAAGCAAGUGUUCCUCCCAGCUUUGAGAGUAAUUUCUUUGUAGAUGCGUUCGAGUACUUUAUAUGCAUCUUUUUUAAGACAGCAGUUUGUUUCUCCAAAGUUGAGGUUAUCCCUUAGGUGUGAGUCUACGUCACAGCUAGUUAGGCAGCUGGCUGUCCUCCUCCUCCUUUCCUUUCAGGGCUGCAAUCAAUAAUUUACCUGGCCUGGUCGUAUCAAUGACACCUACUCCCUUUUCUCUUCCCCGCACUUGCUUACUUGCUCUUUCCAUGAAAACUGCUGAUGACAAGGGAGUAAAAGAGCUCAUUAACGAAUGAGUGAAAACGGGAGCGAGGGGAAAGCACUAUCAUUCUAUCAGACAGGUGUUAUCAGUCUAUGGAACAGAAACAGUGGGACUGAAGUGAAGGUGACGUUCACUGCCUUAAGACGCUGAUUUAAACAGGACAAGGAAGGCCUGAGGAAACGUCUUUAGAAGUUUGAAUGGGAAAACGGACUUUGUACAAUAAUCUCUGACCAUCUCUGUUCAUUGAAUAUCCUCUUUGAAAUCGGUCACCAUGUCAGGAGUCAGCAGUGACCAGUUGCACAAAUCAACUUUAACCGUCUAUUCGAACCUGAUGGAGCACUUCAACCCAGGCCUUCAGAAGCUUGUUGCUCUAGGAAACAGCUAUGUAAAGGCAUUUCAAGCUUUAGCUGUUUGCAGUGAGUCGUACUUCAGUGCUGUGGCCAAGAUGGGUGACCAGGCACUUCACACACUCUCAUCUCGCUCUCUUGGGGAUGUCCUGAUCCAGAUAUCAGAAACACAGAGGAGACUCACUGCAGAGAUGGAGGGAGUGUUUCGCUGGUUCCAGGUAGAGGUGCUGCAAGCAAUGGAGAAGAAUAUCAAGCUGGAUGAGGAGUACAUUGACGGUAGUCGCAGAGUGUAUGAGCUGGAGGUGAGGAACCAGGCAGAGGCUUUGGAGAAGCAGCUUAGGCGAGGAACCUUCAGAGACUCUCUGGAGAACAGUGAAUACAUGUUGUACCUGAGGCAGAGCCAGCAGGAGAUCCUGAAGGAGGAGGAGAGAAGGUAUCGCUUCUUAGCAGAGAAACACUGCGGCCUCACUCAGUCACUGCUGUUUCUAAUAAACAAGACUAGUGCAUCUCUCCAACAAAAGGCUGAUGGAUGGAAAGAGAAAGUGAAUGAGACCAGAGGAUCCAGAGCUCGAACUCCAACCCAUUUAGACCAAGAGGCACAGUUGCGAGGUUCAGUGAGCUCCCUGCUGCAGACAGUAGCCAGAGAUGAGGACAUGUCCUGGGCAAGACGGGAGCAGCAGGCGCUGGGCAGAGUGCCCUCUAGAGCACCGUCUCCCCUCCCCAGCCGCUCUCGUUCCAGCUCAGUGGGGGAAUCUCUGGGUCUGGCAGGAGGGAGAGCCAUGAGAGCCUUGGUGUCUCACCCCUCCUCAUCCAACCCAAAGCUUCUGCCUUUUAACAGGGGAGAGACUGUCACCGUACUGGUCCAGGAGCCACGAAACGGCUGGCUGUAUGGACGCACUGACAGCAGCCUGCGUCAGGGCUGGUUCCCUGCUGCAUAUGUGGCCCCUAUUGAGGAUUUCUCUAGCACUUUAGCGACAAGCGGCGAUUCUCUGAGAAGCCACAGCAUGAACAAUCUGCUGGACACUGACACCUACGCUGAACAAUCAGAGAAUAAGAGUUCUGGUGACAUCCCGCCCCCUGCCACACCCAACCGGAGAGCCUCUGUAGACUUUCGGCCAAUCUCGCCGCUCCCUGAGAGGAAGGCAGAACCAGCGAUGGAGGCAAAACCCAGUCCAACAAAGAGCUACAACGAACACCAGCCACCGCCUCCUCCUCCACCGCCUCCUCCUCCACCAAGUCAGAAUCUCAGAAGGGGCUCAGUAGACUUUCGACCAGUCUCGCCCCUCCCUGACAGGAAGGGUGAAGCAGUAUCUGAUGUCCAGGCAUUAUCACCCCAUGGGCCACCUGAAAAUCCCUUGUUUCCCAGAGGCACAAACCCAUUUGCCACAGUAAAGCUUCGUCCCACAACGACCAAUGACAGAUCUGCUCCUCGGAUCCUCUGAGCUGUCAGCGCUCAUCCAGGCAGGGCUUGUAACUGAGGCUGGGAGAUCAGGUUGUGGAGGCAGAAUAUACAUUUUUGCUUUAGGGGAAUGUUGUGACAUUUGUGAAAUGUGAAGCAUCUGAGCCAGAUGGGCAGAAGAAGGUCUGAAGAGUUUCUGUACAGUGUUAGAUAAGGUGUUUCCUGCACCAAAAGCAAAAGUGAUUCUGUUGUACAUCUAAAUAGUUAAAUGUAAGAACCAUAAACUAAAGUAGUUGUUUUAACAACUCUUUCUACAGUAUGUAAGUUUUUAUGUUGAUAGGUAGUUUCUCUCUUAUAGUAAAAAUGUUAAAGGAAUAGUUAAACAUUUUGGGAAACACACUUAUUGUUUAUUAGUGACUAUAGAGUUACAACCAACAUCUGGUAAAUUUAGCAUGUUUUUGAUUUCGUUAGCCCUGGUAAGAGGCAGUCUUGCUCGAUCCCCUGUUUUUAUUCCACAUGCUAAGCUACAUAGCUGCUAGCUCCAGCAACGUAUUGAGUCUGCAUACAUGGGAGUUGUAUCGAUAUUCUCAUUUUAAGAGAGGCAACCAAAGCAAAUAAUCACAUUUCCCAAAAUGUUGAGCUUAGAUUCUUAAUCGUAUUCACUGACUAAUGAUUGACAUGUUUUGCAAUGUUUGGCACGUUGUGUUUUGUGAGUUCAAUGUUUUGUGUUCACUGACAAAAAGUAAAGAGACAGUUACUCAAGUUUUUUUUUUUUUUUAUUAUCAUUUCUUACUGAGAUCUUUUCUCUCUUCACAGCUCUCCUUAUAUAUGAUUUUGUUUUACUACAUCAUCUGAUCAGAGGCAGGGAGUGAGGAGGAGGAGUGGAUAGAGGAGAGGAGGUGAGGGAAGGUGGAUGAGGAAGAGGAGGGGAAGGAAAGUGCACUGGUAUGUGAACAUCCAGAAAUAAAACCAAUCAAGACAAAAUGCACAAUCUGAAAUACACAGAGGAAGGAAAUUAAGAUUUAAGGAGUCUUCAUAACAUCUACACCAUCUACAACACUAGUACCACCUGCAUUUGGCCACAAACUAUCCUCAUGAAAUCAUUAAGAAUGAUCCUGAAAUCCAUACAGCAUGUGCGGUUAAAUAUAUAUAAAAAAGGAAAAUUAAAAAUGAAACUGGUGCCUGUUAUGCCUGUAUGUUCCUCCUCAUGGUGACUCCCUGACAGCCUGUUUUUGGUAGUGCUUUGUAGAGGGCAGGCCUCGUCUGACUCCACACAUGGGGGUCCAGAGGGAGGUAAGAAGAGUUUGAAGGUGGCAUUUACAAAAUAUGAAUGCAGGGACGAAGAGGAGAAGGAGGAAGAAGAAG